AUAUAAAAUUGCUUAACCCCUCAGCCAAGUUCAAGCGAAAACCUAGAUCACCUAAAUUUUCACUUCAAAAACCUUGCCUCCCCAAAAAAGUUAAAUUUCCAAUGGGUACACCAGAAACUUCACGCGAGCCAUGUCCCGACCGUAUUCUCGACGAUAUAGGCGGCGCGUUUGGCAUGGGAGCAGUAGGCGGUUCAGCUUUUCACUUCAUUAAAGGAAUCUACAACUCUCCAACCGGAGCGCGUCUAAUCGGAGGCACACAAGCCGUGCGUAUGAACGCCCCGCGUGUGGGAGGAAGUUUCGCUGUGUGGGGCGGUUUAUUUUCAGCCUUCGAUUGCACGAUGGUUUACGCUCGGCAGAAGGAAGAUCCGUGGAACUCGAUCUUCGCCGGCGCCGCCACUGGUGGUUUUCUGUCGAUGAGGCAAGGGUUAGGCGCGUCGGCUAGGGCGGCACUUUUCGGGGGGAUUCUGUUAGGACUAAUUGAAGGAGCUGGUAUUAUGCUUAAUAAGGUAAUGAGUGCUCAACAAAAUAUGCCUGUUAUGAUCGAUGAUUCUGCCCCUGCUAUGGCUGGUUUGCCUAGUCUUCCUGGCCAAGAACCAGCAUCGACGAGUAGUGGGUCUGAAUCGGGUUCUUCGUGGUUUGGUGGUUGGUUUGGUGGAGGCAAGACGGAGGAACCGAUCACCAGUAAGGGUGGCAAGACGGAGAUUUUGGAGAGCUUUGAUGCCCCGCCAGUGCCUAAUUUUGAGUAUAAGUGAAACCACUUUUGAGGUUUUAUUUUUUAAAAAAAAUUAUAUUAAUUUGUUCUUAGGUGUUGCGAUUUUGUAACUGUCUUGAAACCUGAUGAAUCCUAAAUUUUUCUGUCUAAUUCUUCUUUUUUCUUUUUCCUCCGCUUGAUUGAUUACAACACACUGAUAUAUUGAUGUAUAAUAAGGUGCUUGGCAAGUCUUGAAUUGA